UCUCUGUGUGUCUGGACCGUGAUGGCGGAGGACAGCGAGUCCGCGGCGAGCCAGCAGAGCCUGGAUCUGGACGACCAGGACACCUGCGGCAUCGACGGCGACAACGAGGACGAGGUGGAGCAUGCGAAGGGGAGUCCUGCUGGGGAUCUUGGUGCUAAAAAGAAAAAGAAGAAGCAAAAAAGAAAAAAAGAAAAGCCAAAUUCUGGGGGAACCAAAUCUGAUUCUGCAUCAGAUUCUCAAGAAAUUAGAACACAACAGCCUUCAAAAAAUCCAGCCAUUCCAAUGCAAAAGCUACAGGAUAUUCAGAGGGCAAUGGAGCUGCUUUCUGCAUGCCAAGGACCUGCGAAGAACCUUGACGAGGCAAGCAAACGUAAAUACCAGUUUUGGGAUACACAGCCUGUACCCAAACUUAACGAAGUUAUAACAUGUCACGGCCCUAUUGAGCCUGAUAAAGACAACAUUCGCCAAGAGCCAUACUCUCUGCCUCUGGGUUUUAUGUGGGAUACACUGGAUUUGAGCAAUGCUGAGGUGUUGAAAGAAUUAUACACUUUGCUUAAUGAAAAUUAUGUUGAGGAUGAUGAUAACAUGUUUCGAUUUGACUAUUCUCCUGAGUUUUUACAAUGGGCGCUGCGUCCUCCUGGAUGGUUAUCUCAAUGGCACUGUGGCGUCAGGGUUUCCUCUAACAAGAAACUAGUGGGUUUUAUAAGUGCGGUUCCUGCUAACAUUCGUAUUUAUGAGAAGUUAAAGAAGAUGGUAGAAAUCAAUUUUCUUUGUGUACAUAAAAAGCUGCGAUCGAAGCGAGUGGCUCCCGUGUUGAUACGAGAAAUAACAAGAAGAGUUAACUUAGAAGGGAUAUUCCAGGCUGUUUACACAGCAGGUGUUGUUCUUCCGAAGCCCGUAUCUACUUGUCGGUAUUGGCAUCGGUCAUUGAAUCCUAGAAAACUGGUGGAAGUGAAGUUUUCUCACCUUAGUAGAAAUAUGACGUUGCAGAGGACAAUGAAGCUGUACAGACUACCAGAUGCUCCAAAGACUGCAGGUUUACGACCAAUGGAAAGAAAGGAUAUCACAAUGGUGCAGCAGUUGCUAAAUGAGUAUCUGAGCCAGUUUAAUCUCGCCCCUGUAAUGGAUGAAGAUGAGAUAUUGCAUUGGUUCCUUCCUCAGGAGAACAUCAUAGACACCUUUGUUGUGGAGAAUUCAAAUGGUACGUUAACCGAUUUUCUCAGUUUCUACACUUUACCCUCAACCGUUAUGCACCAUCCCGCCCAUAAAACUCUCAAAGCAGCUUAUUCAUUCUACAACAUCCACACAGAAACUGCUUUGUUGGACCUCAUGAACGAUGCACUAAUUAUUGCCAAAUUGAAAGGUUUUGAUGUGUUUAAUGCUCUCGAUUUGAUGGAAAACAAAACUUUCCUGGAAAAACUGAAGUUUGGUAUAGGUGACGGCAACCUGCAAUAUUACCUGUUCAACUGGAGGUGCCCAGCUAUGGAAUCUGAAAAGGUUGGUUUAGUGUUGCAGUAAGAGUGUCUUUAAUUCGAGACAUUUGCAGUCACAAGAGGUGCUUACGACACGCCGCUACUGAGAAGCUAAAAGCACAAAAGAAAGGGAAGGAAAACAAAACGACCAAAAACAUGGAAGUGAAGCAAAAACAGUGCAGCUUGGCAGAAUUUGACACCUCACAAAUAUGAUUUUAUGGCGUCAUUGGUUUUCUCUGGACGCACAUAAACAUCAAAGUGAUAGAAACAAACUCAAAGCACAUUCCUUUAGUUUGGAAACAUAAUAUUCUUUACCGUAAACAUGACAGACUACAUAGUCUUUAAUUCACUAUCUUAUUUUCCCUUUUUCUUUUUUUUUUUUCUUUCUUUUUUUUGAAACUGCAAAGUGCAUGAAAUAAUGUAAAAAAUUGUCAGGUUUGGUAAAACGCCCUUGAAAAGCUACUUGUUUACCAGAAGGAUUGACUGAUAUUUUGAUUUGCUGAAUGAAAAUCAUGUAAUGGAUGGAAGUCCUUAAUGCAAACUCCUUGGUUUUAUCCACAUUUUCAUCUUGUCUUCUACAAUGGGCUCUCCACCAUGAGAAAGUCCACGAAAAAAAAUAUUUUUAUAAUUGGGUCAAAUAUGACUGUUUUCAGCCUGGGUUACUGCUGAUAUUUCUUUCCGCUAAUUAUUAAGACAUGAAAAAAGAGGACUUUAACGACCGAUGUUCUUUUUAGGCCAUGCCAUAAAGCUUUGAGCUUUUCUUGCUGUUAACAAUCUAGCCAUCAUCAUGGGGAUCUUAUUAACAGCUUCAGAGAUAUGGAUUGCCUACCCUUCUUUUGGGCAUGAGCUUGGCCUCAAAUGACUAAAAGAACCGUUUCUCAAAAAAAAAAAUUCAGGACUGAAUUGGUGACACCUAUGAUCACCAUUCUAUAGACAGCCAAUUUAAAAGCAUUAACUGCUUUUGUGUAAAAGACCCUUUCAGUCAGAUCUACAGGAUCAAUGUUCCACUAAAUGGAUCAAUUUCUAAAAUAGCCAGGUGAUCCUUGCAGUUCCCUAUCAAUAGUACAGAAAUCACAAGUCUCUGGCUUGUUAAGUAGAGUUGUGGUACACUUCAAGAAGAUAAUUGAUUUUAAUCUGACAAUUACCUGCUAGAGGUUGAAAUCAAACUAUAAUGACUAGGCUCUUAUUAACUGAUGACCUUUUUAGAUUCAUUCUCCCUUGUACGUUUGCAAAUUAAGUCUCCGGAGAAAUGUCAAUCAAGUAUUUAGAAGAGGUCUUUUAUACCAUUCUUCACUAGAAACUGAACUCUGCUUAGGGUACAACCCUAACAAUGAAUGUUAUUCAUAAUUCAAGACAUUUAAAAUAGGAAUGAAAAAAACAAUGUGUUUAAAACAAAAAUCCAAGUCUGUAUUUGCAAGACUGGUACUUUAGCUGUUACAGUAAUUUAUAUUCAGGUAAAAGUGUUGCUGUAAAUUGCAUAUAACAUCAGAGUCUGUCAUAUAAUUGAUUUAUUUUCUGUUAUAUCAAGGCAUUCAAUGGGUUACCUUUGCAUAUAAAUUGCCAAAAAUAACAGGACCUGUACAUGUAUAUAUAUUUUUAAAUAUCUGUCAGAAUUGUUUUAUCACUGGGCCCAAUGACUUAUCUCCUGCAACUAAUUUUAAGGUACGGUUAGCAGAUUUUCAAACGUGAAAAUUAAAUUGUGAUAAUCUUUGGUAAUAGGGCAUUUCAGUGUCGACAGUUGAUUAACAUGUCUUCAGAGAACUGACCUUGACAUUACGGUUUGUGUUUUUCUGGCAUUUAUUCGCUAAACCUGGAAAUGGUCAAGAAUUAAAAAAAGGAAUUCUAAUGUUUACACCAAAAGACAUGACAAAUCGACGCUUCCCAUUUCAGCUACUUUGACAAAAAAAAAAAAAUUGCAAUUUAUUUUUACAUUUUCCAUGAUACCCAGUUUAAUGAGGACUGACUGGUCUGGGUCUGUUUUCCUAAUAAAUAAUUUGGCAUACCACACGGAUUAUGAAUAGAGAACAUUUAUGGCAUUGCUUUACAAGUUUUUAGUACUUUGCUCCAGAAUUUGUUGCACUUAACAUGCAUUAUAUUUAAAGUCCAACAUUCCAGUUACACAGAUAGUCCCAUCAUGUCUCCAAAAUGUAUAAAAUUGGUUAUCACCUUAACAAACCUAAAUUAAACUACCAUUUUUAAAUUUUCUUUUUAAAUAUAAAUAAAAAGUAUUUCUCCACUGUGGCAAAACAGUCUAGUUCCAGUUUGUUUUUCCCCCAAUCUGCUUUUUUUUUCUUUUUUUUUUUUUUUUUCUGAUUUAGUACAUUUAACAUUCGUUAUUGCUUUUUUUUUCCUCCUCAAUUACCCAGGCUUGAAAACUGCCCCUCUAGACUAAAAUUGGAUGUGAUUUUGUUAUUUUAUUCACCUUAACAACUUAGUCACAAUAAAUACUGUGAAUGGUGUCUAAUGGACCUAUUAACAAGCAACCGUAAACCUGACAAUCUCUCCAAGGAACAGCAUGUAAUAAUGUUGUAGCGCACACCUGCCUUGUUGUGCCAUUGUCCUUAUGCAAUAUUUAUGUUAUGAUAGUUACUGCCGUGAUUCAUUAAUGCGGAGAUAAUCAAAAUAUCGGACAAUGAUCUCUCACAGGUGACCCUGUUUCUCUGCCUGUUGCUGCAAUGAAUCGAAGAACAAUCAAUGCUGCUGCUUGUGGUUACAAAGUUGCCAGUGUGAUUAUGUCCUGCAUAUUCUAAAAUCUAUUCUCUUGCCUUUUUAGGACGUGUUAACUAUCUAUUUAAAGGGGCCAGUCACCAUGUGUGAUGUAUCAUAAUUCCAUAGCCUUAUGUAGUGAAGCCUUCUUACACACUUGGGACAAUCGGCAUUAAUGCUUAUAGAUGUCAUACAUUAUUUAUGUGAUUCAGUUUGUAGUUAUCACCCUAAUUGUCCCUAAAGUUAUUUUUAGUGGGCAAAAUAGUAGUUAUUACGCUUUAUUAGCCGAUCUUGUUUUCUGCAAGGCUGUCCCUAUUAUAAAAUCCCUAAUGUGAAAAUUUCAAUUGUCUCUUACCUACUCCCCCCUCCCCUAAAGGAAAAAUCAGCUUAAUUUUAAUUGUACAGAAGUGUGUUUAGUAGCAGAUCAUAUUCUAUAUCAUUAUAAAGUACUGCAUGAAUAUUAUUAUUACAGUGUGGUAGUAUUGCUUAUUCUAUCACUAAUUAUUAGUGGACGAUAAAGUGACAGAUACAUUGGGUCAACAGUAUCGUAAAACCACAAUGACAGUGACUCUGUUAUCAGGCAUUUUAUGUGCACCAUCAUUCCGUACUGUAAAUGCUGCCUAUAACUUGUGUUGACCAUUUUUCUUUUUAAAUCUAUUAAGCAGAUUUUUUUUUUCUAUUUUAUUAAAUAAACGAUUUCUAACUAGUAGUAAUCGUGAUGCACUUUGAGCAUUUUGCAUCAUUCCGUUGUAACAAUGCAUCACCUGUUCCUGUGAGUUGGAAUGUUGGGAAGUAUCUGCUUGACAAAACUUAAUGGGAGAGGUUCUGCAACAGCUGGGGUUUACCUUUUAUCAACUCAUUUUAAACAGUAUUUAUUUAAAGGUACAACCCAGUGCUCCAGUUUUACUUUUCUAAAAUAGUCUACUUAAUGUUUAAGCAUGAUACUGUCAUUUUAUUUCCAGGCAGAUCAUGAAUCCUUAAAUAAAACCAAACUCCGCAUUUGGCAUAUUCCAAGAUUUUGUUCUUAGAAUGCCCAAAGACAUGUUGGUGAGAAGUGUCUAACCUUGCCCCUUCAGCAGAUCUACAUUCCCAGAAUUCUCUGCCACGGAACUGCUGCCAGAGAAUUCUGGGAAAUAUAACCUAAUAGCAGAAGGUUGCACACAUGCGUGCUAAAUUUCAAAGUAACAGUGUAUGACCAACAAAAUUAAUGUUUGCCAAAUGUGAACAUAUAUUUUUUAACACUGACCAGGUUUCAAUGACUGCAGAAUAUUUUUUUUAUGUACUGAAUUUCUUCACUUAACAUGGAACUAGAACAUGUUAAUAUAAUGAGCCUCCCGGAACUGGGAACAAGCGUAUUUGGCUGGUUAAUCGGUUCUAGGCUGUGUAAUAAAACAUUUUUAAUGCUGUUGCAA